CAGUGCAGCUUCACUUCCGGGGAAAACAAGGAUGUAACGGCGAGUGCAGCUGUUUAUCAGCGUGAAUGAUUUGACGUUGUGUGUGUGUGUGUAUGUGUGUGUGUGUUUUUAAUUCUGUGUGAGCUCAGGAUCAGCUGGACGCUUUUAUAAUGUCCGAGUCUCCGGAUACUCGCAGUCUGGUGUCGGCGUCCUCACAGCUCAAUUUAAUGGAAAUAGAUGCUAUUGACGACAAAGAGUUCGACAUCCCUCAAGUUGACACGCCACCGACUUUAGAGAGUAUUCUGAACGAGCCUGAGGAUGAGGAUGAACCCUUCGUCCUGGAGGACACAUGCCUUUUGAACACAGAGAACAUGGAUGCGCAUUCCUGUGAGACGUCCUCCCUUGCCAGUUCAGACAGUGGAGACCGUGCACACCUAAAGAGGAGGAGGAAGGCAGUAGAGACUAAUGCGACCGUCCACGGCUCAGUUCUGAGACACAGUGUGCUGAAAGGCAUCUCGGCUCAGAUCGUCUCCGCUGCUGACAAAGUUGAUGCAGGCUUGCCAACAGCGAUCACUGUGUCCAGUGUUAUCGCUGUGGGAACGUCGCAUGGCCUCGCUCUGGUGUUUGAUCAGAACCAGGCGCUGAGGCUGUGCUUGGGUACCACGGCGACAGGGGCGGAGUACGGCGCGGUGUCAGCUCUCAGUAUUAACCACGACUGCACGCGUCUGCUUUGUGGCUUUGCUAAAGGACAGAUCACCAUGUGGGAUUUGGCUAAUGGGAAGCUCCUGCGCACCAUCACUGAUGCCCACCCACCCGGCACGGCCAUUUUGCACGUUAAGUUCACAGAUCUGCCGACACUUGCUGUGUGUAACGACAGCGGCGGGUCUGUGUUUGAACUCUCAUUCAGCAGGAGGGUGAUGGGGAUGAGGACAUGUGAGUCUCGGUGUUUGUUCAGUGGCAGUAAGGGGGAGGUGUGCUGCGUUGAGCCACUGCACGCAGCCCCUGAGCUUAAAGACCAUCCCAUCACUCACUACUGCCUGCUGGCCAUGGCUUCACUCACCAAGAUUCUAGUGAUUGGACUGAAGCCGUCUCUAAAGGUCUGGAUGACUUUUCCAUACGGCAAGACAGAUCCUGCCAGUGUGCCACAGUUGGCGUGGCAGUUUGUAGCUGCACAGAAAGCAGUGAACCCCAUCCUCGCCUUCUGUAGAGGAGACACUGUCCACUUCCUGCUGGUGAAGAAGGACGAAUCUGGAACUGUCCAUGUCAUCAAACAGCGACAGCUCCAACUCAACUGUGACCUUAUUAGUCUGACAUGGCUGAAUUCUCGCACGCUGGUGUUGAUGGACAGCGGAGAGAAGCUGCACGUGGUGGAUCGGCCCAGUCAGGAGGAGCUGGAAACUCUGGACCUGGCCGAGGUGCAGCUCGUCUACAACAGCAGUCAUUUUAAAUCGCUUGCUACAGGGGGCAACGUCAGCCAGGCCCUGGCUUUGGUGGGAGAGAAGGCGUGUUACCAGUCUGUGUGCAGCUACGGAGGCCAGAUCGUCUACCUGGGAACAAAAUCUGUCCAUGUUAUGACCCUCAGAAACUGGAGAGAGCGCGUCGAUCACUUAUUGAAGCAGGAGAAGUUUACGGAGGCGCUCUCUUUAGCCUGGUCUUUCCAUGAAGGCACCGCUAAAGCAGUAUUGGGUCUGUUCGGCGACCCUGUCAAGCGGAAGGGAGUGGUGGCUGACAAGAUGGUGGAGAUCUUGUUCCAGUAUGUAGAGCGCAUGCUAAAGAAGUGUCCUGAGCAGGGCAAGAUCCAGCUGCUGGAGCAACACUUCCAGGACAUGAUUCCUGUCGUGGUGGAUUACUGUCUGCUUCUGCAGAGGACGGAUCUGCUGUUUAACCAGAUCUACUCGAGGCUGGUGGAGAACUCGGUGGCUAAGGGUGUCUUCUUGGAGAGUCUCGAGCCGUACAUUCUGAGCGAGCGGAUUGGCUGCCUGACAGCGCCCGUCAUGAGGGACCUCCUCAGUUACUUCCAAGAAAAUGGUAUGAUGGAGAGUGUGGAGGGCUGCCUGGUGCACAUGGACAUCACCAACCUGGAUAUACAGCAGGUGGUGCAGAUGUGUUGGGAUAACCAGCUCUACGAUGCCAUGAUGUACGUGUUCAACAGUGGCAUGAACGAUUACGUCAGCCCCAUGGAGAAACUCUUUCAGGUGAUUGGUCCUCCUUUGCGAGAAGGCAAGCCUCUCACAGAUGAACAGGUGGUCAUGGGAAAUAAGCUGCUCGUCUACAUUAGUUGUUGUCUAGCAGGACGAGCGUAUCCUUUAGGGGACAUACCAGAAGACCUUGUGCCACAAGUUAAAAAUCAGGUGUUUGAGUUCCUGAUUCGCCUGCACUCACUAGAGGCCAUCCAGGAGGAGGAGGUGUAUCCGUACAUCCGGACCCUGCUUCACUUCGACACCCGCGAGUUUCUCAACGUUCUGGCGCUGACGUUCGAGGAUUUUAAGAAUGACAAACAGGCUCUGGAGUACCAGCAAAGGAUUGUGGACAUUUUACUCAAGGUCAUGGUGGAUAACUCGGACUUCACCCCGUCCCAGGUGGGCUGCCUGUUCACCUUUCUCGCUCGGCAGCUAGCCAAACCCGACAACACCCUCUUUGUCAACAGGAAGUUGUUUGAUCAGGUUCUGGAGUUUCUGUGCAGUCCAGAUGAUGAUUCCAGACACACGGAGAGGCAGCAGGUGCUGUUGGAGUUACUCCAGGUGGGAGGCAUGGUCCAGUUCGACGAGGGGCGGCUCCUCGCCCUGGCAGAAAAGGCAGAAUUCUAUCAGAUCUGUGAGUUUUUGUAUGAGCAGAAGCAUCUUUAUGAUCAAAUCAUUGCCUGCUACCUGAAGGACCCCUUAAGAAAGGAGGAGGUUUAUAACUACAUCCAUAACAUCCUGUCCAUGCCUGGUUACAGCCCAGAGGAGAAGCAGACCGCAUGGAACAAAUCCUUAGAGCACGUUAAGGAGCUGGUUAGCAUUAACCCUGCUAAAGCUGCCGAGCUGGUGGCGGGACACUUCAUCAGCGAGGUAGAGCCUAUUAUCACUGCACUACAGGAUGAUCAUUUGGUGUUCCAGUUCCUGAGGAACUUGCUGAAUCCAAGCGAUGGGCAGAAGCCUCAGGCUGUUAUGGAUCUGGGGCCUGAGCUCCACGAGCUCCUGGUGGACUUGAUGUGCCGUUUCAGUCCUCGCCAAGUCACCCCUUUCCUCGAGACGUCCCAGAGCUACCGCCUGGAGGAGACCGUUGAAAUCACCAAGCAGCAUGAGCUACAUGAAGCCACCGCCUACCUGCUGGAGAAGAAAGGAGAUGUGCAGGGAGCCUUCCAAGUGCUGCUACAGACACUAAAGGAGAAGCUGAACACACUUGUCCAGGAGAGUUCAGAGCAGGCCACGCCGAGGCCUGAGGGAGAGGAGGAGGAGGUAGCUGAUGAAGAUUACACCCCACUGGCCAGGGUGGAGGAAGCCCUUAGUGACAUCAUCGCACUGUGUCACCGGAGCUCACAUGGACUUAACCAGCAGCAGAGAGAGGCUCUCUGGUUUCCUCUCCUAGAGGUGAUGAUGUCUCCACAAAAAUUCCUCAAGGGCCCUAAUGCCAAGGACACUUCUGAUGCACUGAAAGAGCUCACUAUGAAGGUGUUAAACAGCAUGUCCAGCUUCAUCGCCCUGCCUGCCAUCAUCCAGCGCAUCCUACAGGACCCUGUAUAUGGGAAGGGAAAGUUAGCAGAGAUCCAGGGCCUCAUUCUGGGCAUGUUGGAAACUUUCAACUAUGAACAGACUCUGUUGGAGACCACCACCAAUCUUCUGAAUUCGGACUUGCACUGGUCUCUGGCUCACCUGCGGAAGGCCGUCAGCAGGGGACUCCACCCUCGACAGGACCACUGCAACAUCUGCCUGCAGCAGUACAAAAGGAGGCAAGAGAGCGAGGAGGAGAUCAUCAUCUUCAGCUGUGGUCACCUGUAUCACUGUCAGUGCCUGCAGCGGAAGGAGCAAGGGGUUGUUGGUAAAGAUCCCGGGCAUGUGGGAGAUCGGGUUCACUCGUGGAGCUGUUAUAAGUGCACGUCCAGUCAGGGUGCUCGUCCCGGAGACCGCCUGCUCGCUGAGGGAGGCCGAGUCCGAUCCACUUCUCUGGCCCAGACCAAAGUGACAUCCGUCCAUCGGGGAUCCGCCGCCGAAACUCAUCACAGAAAGGAGCUGACUGAAGUGACGCUAGACGCCCAGCAGACGCAGGCGUGGGACCAGCUGCGCUGCAUGUACAGAGGACCCUCCAGAUUGGCUAUCCUCACAGAACUCACCCACUCCCACAGCAGCGAGAGAACCGGCCUGGUAAACCCCACAAACCCAGGAACAGGAAGCAUCUACCACAGUGAAAACCUCAGCCUCAAGCUUUCUCCACCACCAAUGGUGGAGGAAUAGUGCAGACUCCGCCCACUGUUACAGACCUGAAUAAAAGCGUUACUGUA